UCUUAAGAUGCUAAAUAUUCUUUUCACAGUAAGCAAUCUUUAUAGAUGAAAAAUAUGUUUGACUUGAACACAGCAGCUGAGGUUGAAUAGUUUGUUUUCAUACUUAGUAACAGUGAAAUGACCUAGAAGUGGUAGAUGAAAUGAGAGCCAGUUUUUAAAUGUAAAGGAACAGUAUUUCCCAGUACUUUCUUUCUUAUCUUCUUCACCAUACUGGACCAGCCUCCAUUAGAGGAGAAAAAGGAGAUAAUGUUGACCCAGAUUCAGUGCCCAACAAAGUUAAGCCUAGCUCACAUAAAAUGUGCAAGAGUUUUCAAUCAUCAGUCUCUAGUUUUACACGCUGGUGAGUUUAAGCAAAUUUUCUGUGGGAUCUUUUUGAUUGCACCGUCUCUCAUUCACCAGUCAAAUCAGUGUGCACUGCUUUACUCUGAGUCUGCCUGAGUGCGACCAUUUCCUUCUGAAAUGCAAAGGUCUCUAACUUUACACUACAAUGUAAAGCUUGUUUAUCAGUUGCGGCCAUGUGGCCAAAAUUCAAAUUCAUGAUUCCUCUGAUUAAGUUAGUUAAACCUGCUGCAAAUGAUAACAGGUUUAUCCAGUGGAGGAGACGAGGACUGACAGCACUGUGUCUGUUGGGGACACAUUUAAAAAUUUGCCUGAUAGAUACAAACUAGCUCGUCAGGAUUUCUAUUUCAGGACCUCCAACUUAAACAUCACUUUGACAAGAAUGUUAAAGGACGCAUAUUAAAUAUAUCAGAUAAUACUGAGACAUUCAUUUAAGCAUUUAUUUCUGAAAUGUAUAAAAGCACAAGUGGAUAAUUAUAGAGGAUCAUUAUUAAUUUGAGGGGCCGUUCAAUAAAUUAUAUGAAGACUAAAUGUGAAUUGGCAAUUGCAGUCACCUCUAUAAUGGACAUCUAUAAUAAAUAUCAAAAUAACUACAACAGCCAUAUAUGUGGAGUGAUUUUCAUUGAAAAAUUGUGUAGGUUUUUUUUUUUUCCUAACUCCAAAAAACUAAAGUCUGGACAGCUCAGAUAGUUUCUGGAGCUGUCUGAUCCUUAAACUAUUCUGGGACAGUGUGCAGUAUAGUGAGGGAGUUUCUGUGCUACAGUUCUAAAUUAAUUUAUUUAAAAUUUAUUUAGAUAUAUUUAUGGUAGCAAGAAAGAAGCUGAUAAUAAGGCACUGACUUUGCAAAGAACCUCCUGUCUGGAUUUAGAAUGUAAUCAUUUUAAAAGUGUGUUUGGUGCUUAUAGUACGAAACCUCUGCUAAAACCUAAAAACAGGACAAACCGCUUCAUGUCAUAGCUACAUGUGACCAUAUCGUGGAGCUAUUUGCUGUGUUUCUGCUGGCCUACAGUCAUUUUCAAGUCAAACGCACCACAUAACUGUGCAGUUUUGUUGUUUAGAAAAUCUACACUCUUUAACACAUAUAUACAACUAAAUUGGCCCAGUUUAUUAUUAUUUUGUUUUUCAGAUAUAGCAACCGCGGUCGUUUGUAUGCCCACUGGAUGUGGAGCAUGAAUAACCAAGAGAAAUAUAUUGAGUGAAACUAAGCUGAAGGAUUUGACCUUUUUAGUGAAAAAGGGCGAUAAAAACAGAAAGAGAAACAGCUGUUUGUUGGUCCUUGGUAUUAAUGACCUGGGUUUUGAUGCAUUUCAUAACAUUUAGUAAGUUCAGUGCUGUCAUUUAUCUCGUUUUCUAUUUACACCGAAUUCUGUAUUUUACCAAGAUUCACAAACCUAAGAUAGUCUCGUUGUAUACCACACAAACCAUGCGAUAUUUAUGAAAUACAAUGUUUAAUUCACUAAUAUGCCAGCAUCAUUAUAUAAUUAAUAAGAAGUAUAAUUAAUAAGAAGUGUUUGUUUCACGACUUGCACCGGACACCGGGAGUCCUUUCAAAUGAAUUAACUAAACUGGCAACACCUUCAGUACCAGCAACAGUUCAAGAAGGGUAAAAGACUCCAAACCACUCACACUUAGCCUUUUUAAUAACAAAAUGUAAUUAUUGUAAAGUUAAAUAGCUGAAAUAAAAACAAAUAUACAUAUAUUAAAAAAAUAUUUAUUUAUUUAGUCAGACGACUUUGUAUUUUUAUUUUUCAGUUAACAAAGGUUCGGCUGAGCUGAAGUGAACAGUUGUUGCCUUUUAUUGUGGCUUUUCCCUUUAAGACGCCAGAGGCCUACAUUUCCCAUAAUUCCACGCUCCAUAACACUCAUUAAAUCAAGUGAGUCCACGCGACAGCGACAGCAGCAUCCGAGGAGAUGAUCCGGUCAGGCUCCGGUAACACACUCAGCAAACGGUGAAGUGUUUUUACCGGCGGAGAUGUCUCUGUCGUCCACGGGGAGCCCGGACACGACCAGCCGGAGGAGGAGGCCGGCUGAACACGCGCAAGAUUCUUCAAGCGAGCAUGAUCCUCUGUUAGGUUACAGUAAUGAACAGGCCCAUGAUCGACUGUGUGGCGCUCAGCACGCAGACUCCUCCACUUCAUCUUCACAACACUCCUUAUAUUCUGCAACAAAAUGCACUGCUGCAUGUGCAUGUGCAUGUCCGAGCCAUCAUGCAUGCGAAGACAGCUGGGAGGAAAGCCAAAAUAAGAAAACCAUCAGAGCCGAGAAUGAAGUGGAAGCCAACAAACUGGUCAACAAUUACAGAUUUGGGUUUAGAAAGUGGAAGAGCCACGUGACGGAGCGGCCGUUUGAAGGCCGGUCAGAUGUUGUGAAAGAACUAUACUCUGAGCUAAAUGUCAUAAAACCGCAUUCAGGUCCAGGUCAUUUCAUCACAUGUGGAAACGUAGCCUACCUGCUCCUGUUUGGUUGGUGGGUUUCUCUGGCAUAUUUCCUGGUUGGCACACUGAUGUUCAUCACUGUUACUGGGGUACCGUAUGGUAAACUGUGCUGGAAGCUGUGCUGCUACUUCCUGUGGCCGUUUGGCAACCCAAUCCACGAGAUGGGAAAUACACUGAGGCGAUGCUGUGAGCGCGCACCAGACUGUGAGUGCAGUAUGGAGGCGGAAGAAGAUAACUCACCAUUUCUGCUGCCAUCACCCACAGAGGUGCCAGUCCCAGAGAUGCCAGACCGACCUCUGCGCACUCCUUACUGGCGUCGUUUUGCCACCUAUGUGUGGCUGCUGCUGGGAUAUCCUCCUCUGGUGGUCGUUCACUCUCUGGCGUGCUUCAUCUCCUGGAUCCUGGUCUUCACCAUUCCAGUUUUCAAGAUGAACGCACGAACUCUGGGCGUCAUCCUCCUGCUGCCUCCUGAGGAUGUGUCUAUCUCUGCUGGCUCACAGAGGAAGCAUCAGGGCUAUGAGACCAGAGCGUUACUGUGUUGCUACCACGCUGCCAACUGGUACUACUACAAGUACACGAUUGAUGGGAUUAAUGUGUUUGCUGCCAACCUCCUCCCUCUAGUGAUAGUUGCCCUGGUAACUGGAUAUAUUGACAGAGAAAACAAGUACGCCAGCUCCGAUGUCAAAUUCACCAUAGCAAUUGGCUCCAUCAUACCUCUGUCAUAUUACAUUGGCAUGGGAAUUGCCAGCAUUUCAGCUCAGAGUAACUUUGCUGUGGGCGCUGUGGUGAACGCCACCUUUGGUUCCAUCACAGAACUGACCUUUUACAUCACAGCCCUGCUCAGAGGUCACCAGCAAGCUAACACCUGUCUUGAGGAGGUUGUUAAGGCUGCGCUGACUGGGACACUGCUUGGAUGUAUCCUCUUUAUUCCUGGCAUUUGCAUGAUAAUUGGAGGUCUCCGUCACAGUGAGCAAAGGUUCAACAGCCGUUCUGCAGGAGUGAGCUGUGCGCUGCUUUUCAUCUCUAUAGGAGGUGUGUUCGCACCCACGCUCUUCUCUAAGGCUUAUGGGAACUUGGUGUGUGACUCCUGUACCAACUCUACCGGGGCAAACAGCACAAGCAACAGCAGCGGGCCGUUUGUCUGCCACAACUGCCACUAUGACCUGAGCAAUGGUACACUGUUUCACAACCAUGUCCAGCCUCUGGUGUACACCGUGUGUGCCCUCCUGCCCGUUGCCUACAUCAUCGGUCUGCUCUUCACUCUGAAGACGCACUCCCACAUUUACAACAUCCACGUAGGAGAAGUACAGGGUAUGAAUCACUCUAACGAGUCACACUUAACAGUGAGUGGCCACCACGGGACGGUGGUCCACUGGUCACGCUGGAGGUCUCUGGUCAUCCUCAUCUUGGCUACGGUGCUCACGUCUGCUUGUGCCGAUCUUGCCACCGAGCACAUUCAGCCCAUACUAAGCCAACCAAACAUCUCUCAGUAUUUCAUCGGGGUGACCGUUCUGGCUAUGGUUCCUGAGAUCCCCGAGAUUGUUAACGGGAUCCAGUUUGCACUCCAGAACAACAUCAGUCUCAGCCUCGAGGUGGGAAGCUGUAUCGCUGUGCAGGUCUGCAUGCUACAAAUACCAAUACUGGUCCUAUUUAAUGCUUUCUAUGAUGUGGGAUUUGUGUUGAUUUUCAGUGACCAGCACCUGUGGGCCAGCAUCUUCAGUGUGAUCUUGGUCAACUACAUCUUCAUGGAUGGCAAGUGUGAUUAUUUUCAGGGUACAGCUCUGGUGGUCGUCUACCUCAUCCUCCUGGCUCAGUACUACUUUGCUCCAUCUCCAGCCGGCUGUUGAACGUUGGAUGGGGAUUUUUUGCACAAAUUGCCGAUGUUUUUUUGGCAGGUUCUUAUCUCGUCAAAUUAUGCAUAAAUGUCGAUGGGGGAAUCCCAAAUGGAACCUUUAAUUUUUUUUAAUCUAUUUUAUUUCUUUUAUUGUAAUCAUACUUGAGACAAAACUAAAAAUUGUAAGCUCAGGAUGGUACUUUUGUGACUAGUGCUGUUAAAAAAAAAAAGUAUAUUUUACAAACUGACAUAAUUAACAGCAAUGAGAGAUCAACUAUUUUUACUGUACAACAGGAGUUUCUGCACUGAUCAUACUUUACAGGAACAAUUGUGAUGAAGUUUGUAUAUUUUAACUGCAGUAAAAUUUUAUGUGUGUGAUGUGACAUUUUUAAAUGAGUCGUGUGAAUUAUGUUAGAAAGUUUACCCUCUUUUACAUCACACAGUGCUUAACAGAUUUUAUGAUUCAAACACAGCCUCAGAUGAACGACAACAGCAUGAGAUAUUACACAGUGUCAUUAUUUAACCAAAGCUACGCCAAAACAGAAGCAGUGUGUGAACAACUACCACACACAGUUUGUUCAUGCACAGCUCUCAGUCCAGGGACAGGAUUUCAGUUGGAUGCAAGUCUGGAGUUUGAAAUGUCAUUGCUACACUUCGAUUUGCUGCUGUGCUUCAGAUCAUUUUGCUGCAUUACUCAAUUUGGCCACGAUUCAUCAGUUAGAUGGCCUCGUAUUCGACUCUAAAAUACUUUAGUAUUCAGAGUUCAUGGUCGACUCAAUGACUGCACGGUGUCCCAAGUCCCGUGGCUGCCAAACCACCAUCUCUUGGAGACCCCUAGGGGGUCUUACCACACAUUAAUCACUAGCAUUUAAUUGUGACUGAGUUCUAUUGUAAAGCACUUUGGUCAACCUGUGUUGUUUUUAAACAUGCUUAUAAAUAAAACAGACUUACCAAAAGGAGUUCUUCCUUCCCACCAUAAAGUACAUUUGAUUAGCAGCAUCUGGCUUGUACUUAGCCUCUUAUAGAGGCAGUAAGAUGGUACCUAGUUUUUCCACAAACUGCUUCUACAUUUUUAUUUUUUUUAAAUUUGUUUUUGUUAAAUAAAUGACUGUAUUAUUCUGCUGUGUGUUCAUUU